AUGGUGAGAAGCAAGAAAUGUCAAGCGGUCAGCGAAGCUGAUGUCCGCCGUGAUCAAACCUUUCCUGUUCUUUCGAGUGCUUCCAAUGCUAGAUUGAGAGUUCGACGUGGAUCGAGUUUGACCGAUUUGGAUAAGCUUCGGUGUAGUUUAGGUUCCAGUGGGGGUGGGUCUAUUGGGGAUCUGAUGAAUAUGUUCAGUGGUAGUGCAAAUUCCAUCGGAAGUGAUACAUUAGUGGCAAGAACAGUUCCGUUAGAGACUGUACGGCGUAGUAUACCACCUAUGUCUACGCCACCACCACUUCCGACGGCAUCACCACUUCCGCCACCAUCACCACUUAUACACACGUCUAGACCAGUCGGCCCUUUGACGAUGGCACAAAGAACUUUGCGUUUCAGUAGAUUACUUAAAUAUCAGCCUUGUUCAAGUGAUGUUGUAAUUUUACUGGAACUACAAGACUUUGAAUCCUUUGACUCCAUCGCUAAAACCUUCAACAAUCAGCAACGCAUGAAGCGGUUCGAAGUGUUUCAUUCUACGUUCAUAUUCACACCUCGAUUUACUUUGCCAGCAGUGUAG